CUCCCUUUAUCGCAUUAACAUCGCACCCACCAUCGGUCCUCUGCCAUGCCAUUUCUUCCCCUCCCUGCCUGACCUCACCUAGGUAAUUUCAUUUCUCCUCACUCCCUCAGUUUUCUCCAUUGAUAUCUAAGGAUUCCUCAAAACGACGAUUUAGAGCGCCACCUGGAUUUGAUUGUUCAUAUUCCCCAUAUGUUGGGCUGAUCGAUUCAGGGAUUUUUGCGCGACCUUGGUGGUGUGUUGAUUACCUGAGUAGAUAUCCAGGUUAUUAUUUAUUUUCGUAUAUUGUUUUUAUUCCGCUGCUUCCGCGUUAGUCCAUCUUUGUUUCGUACUUGCGGUUUACUCCAAUCCUCGGUUACCGUUGUAUCAAAGCAAUGUAGCUUCCUCCUGUCGAUGAUCCAUUGGAUUAUCAAUUACUUGUUAUUUCUCGAAUGUAAAACUUCUUAUAUAAAUAUUUCCUUCACUAUUGAAGAACUUGUGCAAGCUUGGUGAAAAUAUUCCUUAAUUGUUUACCUAGGAUCUAUAUGGUGCCAUAAAGGUGAGAUCUUGCUUUCACACUUGUUUUUCUAGACGCAUUUCAUGGAUUUCAUAUCUCGUAUUGUGCUGAAUCAUUUACUCUUUCAAUUUCCAUAUGGGAACUUUCUGUCUCUAAGGUCAAUCUACUCUUGACAGACACUCAAAGCAGAGCGUUGUUUCCUAAUGUCUACUGUUAGCAAUUCAUCGAAUAUUUUCUGGCAUGAAUAUCCUGUCAGUAAAGUAGAUCGGCAGAAGCUGCUUAAUCAACAAGGAUGUAUUGUAUGGAUCACUGGUCUGAGUGGAUCAGCUUCUCUUUUCAGUUUUGGCUUAUGGAUAGAAGCAGCAUAUCGCAUCCUUGGAAGAGUACAUUGGCCUGUUCACUGGGUAGACAAUUACACUCCAGAGGAAAACUGUCUUAUGUCCUUGAUGGAGACAACCUAAGGCAUGGCCUAAACAAGAAUUUAGGUUUUUCACCAGAAGAUCGAGCUGAAAAUAUUCGAAGGGUUGGGGAAGUUGCAAAACUCUUUGCUGAUUCUGGGUUAAUCUGCAUUGCUAGCUUGAUAUCUCCUUAUCGUAAAGACCGUGAUGGUUGUCGUGAAUUGUUGCCAGAGAAUUUCAUUGAGGUUUUCCUAAACAUGCCUUUGGAGUUGUGUGAGAGAAGAGAUCCCAAAGGACUUUACAAGCUUGCACGAGCAGGGAAGAUCAAAGGAUUUACAGGAAUAGAUGAUCCUUAUGAGCCUCCUCUGAAGUGCGAGAUUGAGAUAGAACUGGAAGGAAAGGGUGGCCAUUGCCCCACACCAAAUGAGAUGGCUGGGCAGGUGGUGUCGUACUUGGAAGACAGGGGAUAUCUUGAAGCUCCGUCAGCCAGCUCCCAGAGGUAGAGGUGGUGUACAAGCAAGCAAGCAGUAUAUACAACAAGAAGAAGCCUUUCUACGAGGCAAUAAUAGUAAUAUUAAUAAUAAUAAUAAUAGUCUUUGGAUAAUUAUGAUAUAAAGGGAUUUAGAUUUGAUUGAUGCAAGCAAGACAGGCGAGAGUCGGCAGCCAGUCUGCUGUGUGCGUGCAAGGUUGUGAAUGCAAAUGCUAGUUUAGUUUAGUUUAGGCGGCCACAUUGGACAGGAUGGAUGUUAGAUAGAUAGAUAGAUAGAUGCCUAUGCAGGCUAUGAAUGGAUCCUUGUGAAAUACUACUACUCCUACUCCUACUCCUACCCGUAACAAUGGAUGUUUUGGGACAUUACUUGCUUCUCCAAUCCAAGGAAAUCAAGCACCAUUUCUUUUUUUA